CCACCCAUCAUCCCCGACGCCGCGACGAGGGGCGCGGCUCUCCCCCAGCCCACCCCGCCCUUCCUUCCUUCCUUCCUCCCCGAAGCUUCGGGGAGCCUCCCGAGCAAUGGCGAGGCUGCUCGUGCUCCGCUCGGCGCCUUACCACCGGUCCAGCCUCUCCGCCGCCGCCACCGCCACCUCCUCCCGCUCCGCGUCCUUCCCCCGCCUCUCCCGCCGCCACCUCCCAUCGCUCCUCCGCGUGCCGGUCCGCGCCGUCGAGUCGUCUUCAGGGGCCACCAAGCAGGAGGAGGCGCCUCUGGCCGCGGGCGAGGCCCAGGAGCCGCUGCCCGCGGCGCCGGCGUUCGUGGUGGAGGAGCUCGGCUGGGGCACCCAGCUCGCGGUCAAGCUCAAGAUGCUCGUCGCCCCGCCGUGGAAGCGCGUCCGCAAGGGCAGCGUCCUCACCAUGACGCUCCGGGGCGAGAUAUCCGAUCAGUUGAAGACCCGCUUCUCGUCAGGCCUUUCACUGCCGCAAAUCUGCGAGAAUUUCGAGAAGGCAGCAUAUGACCCACGGAUAUCAGGGAUUUACCUGCACAUAGAGCCGCUGAGCUGUGGAUGGGGAAAGGCGGAGGAGAUCAGAAGGCACAUUGUGGAUUUCAAGAAAUCUGGUAAAUUUGUUGUCGGAUACAUGCCCGUCGGAGGGGAGAAAGAAUACUACCUUGCUAGUGCAUGUGCUGAGCUGUAUGCACCGCCAAGUGCUUAUGUUGCUUUGUAUGGUCUAACCAUUCAGCAGACAUUUCUCAGAGGUGUGCUUGAGAAAGUUGGAGUACAGCCAGAAAUUCAACGAAUUGGUCGCUACAAAAGUGCUGGAGACCAACUUGGGCGGAAGAGCAUGUCAAAUGAAGUUAAGGAGAUGCUGGGUGCACUGCUUGAUAAUAUCUAUGGAAACUGGCUAGAUACAGUGUCUUCCACACAUGGGAAGAAAAAAGAAGAAAUUGAGGAAUUUGUCAACUCAGGAGUCUAUCAGGUCGAGAGACUUAAGAAAGAAGGUUGGAUAACAGAUCUAUUGUAUGAUGAUCAGGUAAUGACAAUGCUGAAAGAGAGAGUAGGACAGAAUGACAAGAAAAGCCUGCGUAUGAUUGACUACAGUAAAUAUUCACGUGUAAGAAAAUCAACUCUUGGGAUAGGAGGAGGAGGAGACUUAAUUGCAGUAAUCAGAGCAUCUGGAAGCAUAACACGAACUCGCAGUGGCCUGAGUGUUUCUAGUUCGGGCAUUAUUGCCGAGCAGUUAAUCAAGAAGAUACGUACUGUUAGAGAGUCAGAAAAGUAUAAAGCUGUUAUCCUCCGUAUAGACAGCCCUGGUGGUGAUGCUCUUGCUUCUGAUCUGAUGUGGAGGGAAAUUCGACUCCUGGCUGAGUCCAAGCCUGUGGUAGCUUCCAUGUCUGAUGUUGCUGCAAGUGGUGGAUACUACAUGGCAAUGGCUGCGCCAGUUAUUGUUGCUGAGAAACUUACUCUAACAGGAUCAAUUGGAGUUAUUACAGGAAAAUUUAUCCUUCAAAAGCUGUAUGAGAGGAUUGACUUCAACAAAGAAAUUCUAUCUAGGGGUAGAUAUGCAGAGCUUAAUGCCGCUGAUCAACGCCUUUUAAGACCAGACGAGGCAGAACUUUUUGAGAAGUCCGCGCAAAAUGCUUACGCAUCGUUUCGAGAUAAAGCAGCCAUGUCACGCUCAAUGAGUAUUGACCAGAUGGAGACUGUUGCACAAGGUCGAGUUUGGAGCGGCCAAGAUGCAGCUUCAAGAGGGUUGGUUGAUUCGCUAGGUGGAUUCUCACAGGCGCUUGCUAUUGCAAAACAGAGAGCUAAGAUACCACAGGAUAAGAAGGUCCGGCUAGUUGAGAUCUCAAAGGCCUCGCCGACGCUACCGGAGAUCUUAUCAGGCAUCGGGGGUUCAAUUCUUGGAGUUGACAGGGUUGUGAAGGGGGUGCUACAGGAUGUCACCUCCUUAAAUGGUGUCCAAGCUAGAAUGGAUGGCAUCUUGUUCGAAAGAUUGGAAAACAUGCCAGGAGAAAAUCAGCUCUUCUUGCUCGUAAAAGAAAUCACAAAUUAUUUCGGUUGAUCGCCAGUGAAUAGCUAAAGUUUACGAAAAGCUGUAGAUAGGAGAAGACAGAAGUGACAUGGAAAUAGACACCCACCCUACCUAAAUUCAGGUAGAAUACAAUACAUUUGGUACCGAGUCAUGCUUGUAUUGAUGCAUAUGCAAGCUUUGUAACCUGUAACCGACAUACUGAAAAUGCGAGGAAUGUUAAGUUCUCUCGUGUUUGCUUGAUCUUGCCCCACCUGAUAGCCUUUUGCUCUUUGUUGCUGA